AAAGACCUCAAACAGGUGGCGCCGCUUCAGGUCCCCAAAGAGGAAACUGAAGAUGUCGAGCCGAUCCAGCUCGGCGACACCGUCCUCUUGAGGAAAACCUCGGCGAACAACAAGGUAACCGUUUACAUGCCAAAAAUCGAGUUUGAAGAUCUUGGAUGUCUCACUGAACCGGUCGAAGGAAUUGUCACGUACGAUGAAACCAAACUGGAACCCGGAGAGAAAGUGUACAUUGCUCUCGUCGGUAGGUUCCGCUACGGUCGCGAAGAAGACGAAAUCCUCGGGAUGUCGCUGUGCAGAGAGAUAUACAUGGGGUAUAUGCCAGUGUGCUCCAUAAAACGUAUGCUCAGCCCCCAAGGGUCAGCGGGCAGCAACGGCAACCCACAAGAUAAAAUCGAGCCGCUUCCGGGUCCUUCGUCGGGAACUCGAUCCGUCGUUCAGUCGCAGAAGUCGCUUAGCGAGGAGCUACUACGUUCGUCGUACUCGAUUCAGUUAUCUCCGUUCCACGAUAAUACAUUGCCGUUCCUCCCGGCCGAGUCGGUGCCUUUCCGCUUCGAGUUUCCGGAAGAUGCCCCGAUUUCGAUGGUGAUGCAACGCCUCACGCCCGAGUCUGGAGACACGUGUGGAGUGAGGUAUUACGUGCGAUGUUAUACUUCACUCGAGGCCGAGGAGCAGCAGACAACCAUCAGUCUUCUGAACUUCCCUAUAAAAAAGGUGCAGUACGCUUCCCUAGCCAGGAGUCUCAUGGACAAUCAGAACGAGGACCUGCCCAAGGGAACGAUCCUGAAGGAAUUUCCCCUUAACGGAGGCACCUUGUCGCUCGGAGCCACUCUCAACAAGUCGCUCUACGAACACGGGGAGGAGAUACGAGUCAAGAUCCAUGUCAAUAACUCAUCGCACAAAACAAUAAAGCACGUCAAGGUUUCGGUGCUACAAGUAGCGGACAUCUGUUUGUUUUCGACCGGCAAGUGGAAGGUUUGCGUAGCUACGACAAACAACCGGAACGAUUGUCCCAUCACCUCGGGGAACUCCAUUGAACAGGAGGUUGUGCUUUUGCCAAAAGUCGGCGACAACAAACACAAGUACGGUGUUUUCGUCCAAAGCCGGAGUGGGCCCGAUCCAGACUGCUUGGCGUCGUCGACGAUUUUUUCUGAGGAGCAGCGAAAGAAUCUUUUCGGAAUCGUGGUCGAUUACGAGGUCAAAGUGAAGCUGUGCCUGGGAACCUUGAGCUCACUAUCUGGUUUUAAAACGUGGAUGUGUAGCGGAGUGAAGGGACUGGUUGACGAGCUGGCUUCGCCGACGUCGAGUCCUACAAAGACAUCUUAUACUCCAGCGGAAAGACGCGGCGAGAUCGCGUGCUUCAUUCCGUUCCAAAUACAUCACUCGGGACCGGCGAGCCUUCCUCUUCCGGGACAGCCGAGUCUGCUACCGAGCAACGGAGAUCUUCGAACGGCCUCUGCAGUUGAGCAGAUGGAGCAGCUGAAUCUGGAACAGCAGCAAUGA